AUGGCUGCCGUUGAAUGGGAGGUGGGUCCCACAAAGGAUGUGAUUCAGGCAUUAAUCCAGACUUUGGUUGAUCCCACGUUGCCUUUGAUGGCCUCAGCUGAUGACCCUCCUUCCAUGGAUGCUCAUACCUCUGUUGCUAGACAGAUGCACGCGGUUGUUCUGCUUUACAAUUACUACCACAGAAAGCAAAAACCGGAGCUCGAAUUCUUGGAUCAUGUCGCAUUCUGUAAAUUGGCCGUGUCACUAUGCCCAUCUCUGGCGGCAUUCAUGAAUUUAACGAGUCGAAGCGAGUCGGGGCCUUUGAAUGUGGAAGCUGAGAAUGAGCUCUCGUUGACUGAAAAAUCGGUGAAGGAUGCGUGUAACAUCUCUUUAAGCUUAGAUGCGUCGAGAGAUGUUCCACUUGUAGAAAAAUGGCCGAUUACGAAAGUUGGGGUGUUGUUGAUUGACCCGAACAAAGAGAAUUGUUUGCUUUGGUUUGGUUCUGUGACUGAAGGUGUCUGGUCACUCGUUGAAAAGGAGAUCAAUGAGUUAAGCCAAGGAGUUCCGGCGGACGAAAAAGUGGGUACGAAAAGGAAAUUCGUCAGUCGGAAGGCGAAUUUUCAGCAGAUUGCGUUUGAUGCUGUGAAAGAAAAAUCAGAGAUUGACCGUGCUGAUCUUGUGCUUCUGGAGACUCAUGUUACGUACUCGUUGAGUGGAGAAAAGUCGGCCACACAAUUUUAUAUGAUGCAGCAUAAAAAGCCGUUCAGCACGAACCAAACAGUCCCCCUUAAAUUUCUGGUCGAGAGUUUGCGAGGCCCUUUGGCCAAAAAGUAUGGUCAUUGUUGGGAGUCUACAGCAUUUGUCGAGUAUUAUCACAUGGUUCCUUAUGUGGAAUUCAUCGCGAGCUGGCUUUCAAGGAAGGAUUUAUGUUUGCCGAGUUUAAAUGGCUACAGCGCCCCAAGCACCACGAAAACGGGCGAAAAAGAAUCAACUUCUUCAACCAAAAAGGUUGCUUUACCUCAUUUCGAAGAUGACAAGACUUUAACUACUAAAGAGAAUUCUCCAAAAACAUUGGCGUUAGAGAAAUUUCCCAAGAAAUCGAAUGAGGUUUCAAUGAAGGCGGAAAAAGUUAUUUAUCCAGAUUUUUUCAGUGAAGAUGACUAUGAGUAUCUCAAGGGUUCAUUAUCCGGUACUUCAAAAGGGACACUUACCAUGAGUGAAUCUACUAAGACCUGUCCUAAGAGUGAUAAUUCGAGCAGGAAGCUAAAUUCGAAAACCAUUGUGUAUAACCGGAGUAGAGAGAAUACUCCAUCCGUGCAAAAUGUUGCACAUAGUCCGGAAGCUACCAACUUUAAGGUGGCGAUACAAAAGGCUUUGAAGCCAAACGACACUCUAUGCAGAGAUGAUAAGAAGACUGCGGAGAAAGGAGCUAUGAUUGUGAAUAACUCGUCCAGUCAAAAUGGGUUAGUUGGUGUGACUGAAAAUCCGAUAGUUCAGCUUGAGGAGCCAUACUAUAUUGAAAUGAAAAACGAGAAGGAUUCACUCGACAGGCUUAAUGCAUUGGCUCUUCUUGCUAGAAAAAGACAAGCAUUGUGGUCUCAAAUCUGCACUUUGGAAGAUGAGUUCGCAUUACAUGAAGAUUGUAUGGAACGAAUAAGGGAUGUUGGUGACUCUGAUUUGGCUCGUCAGUGCAUCAACUCUAUCCUAAGCCACAAUAACACUUUACUGCCGAAGAAUGAAAUCCAAAUCUUAGACAAGGGUCAUCGGCCUGUCGAUAGUCAGUGCAAUAUGUUUCAUCCCGGAGUAUCUUCAUGCGACUAUUUGGAAUAUCUGUGUGACAAGAACAACUGGAGGCUCCCCAGAUAUUUUGUCAAGCCAUCUGAUGGUAAAUUCAUGUCGAAAGUGGUCGUUACGGGUAAAAAUUUCGAGCUCUCUGUAGAAGGUAUCCGAGAACCGAUAAUCUUCUACAGCAAGUUGACCAUGAGCCCGAGCCCGAGCCCGAGAUCCGCCAACCGCGACCGUUGCACGCCAGGACUAGCGACGCGCCACUGUCAUGAGUCGCACGCGCCAGACCCGGCGAUCCGAGACGCACGAUCCGGCAGCCCUGCGACUCCUUGUCGAGUCGCGCAUGUCAUGUCGCUUGUUGGCCACUGCCUCGGGUGCGUGCGCAUCGAGCUCUGGGCGAAGGUCACGCGGCUCUGCAUAGGCCGCGUUUGA